CCCGGAAGUGCCUUCCCUCCUCCCGGGUCCGCGCGGACGCGGUUUCCUUACCUCAUUUGUUCUCGCCCCUCCCCAUCCCUCUACGCGUUUUGGUUCCUGGUUGGUGCUUCCUGGUCGCAGCCGCGGCACAUCAAGGUUACUGACUUUCCAUGAUGUUUGGUGGUUAUGAGACCAUCGAAGCAUAUGAAGAUGAGCUUUAUCGUGAAGAGUCAUCUAGUGAAUUGAGUGUUGAUAGUGAGGUGGAAUUUCAGCUCUACAGCCAAGUUCAUUAUGCCCAAGAUCUUGAUAAUAUCAUUAGAAAAGAAGAACAUGAAGAGAAGAACUCUGGGAAUUCUGAAUCAAGCAGUAGUAAACCAAAUCAGAAGAACUUAAUUAUCCUUUCAGAUAGUGAGGUCAUCCAGCUAUCAGAUGGGUCAGAGGUCAUCACUUUGUCUGAUGAAGAUAGUAUUUACAGAUGCAAAAGAAAGAAUUUUAGAGUCCAAGCAAAAGAAAAGACCCGAGGUCCUCCUGCAUCUCUUCAUUCUAAUAAGUUGACUGAUAAGAAACACAAGGGGAAUAUUGAGAAGCCUAAACCUGAAGAGAUACCAGGUACAAUCCGAGAGGUCAUGAUUAUAGAGGUUAGUUCAAGUGAAGAGGAAGAGAGCACCAUUUCAGAAAGUGAUAACGUGGAAAACUGGAUGCUGCUGGGAUGUGAAGUUGAUGAUAAAGAUGAUGAUAUCCUUCUCAAUCUUGUGGGAUGUGAAAACUCUGUAAAUGAAGGAGAAGAUGAUGUAAGUUGGUUCAUCAGUGACAAAGACGCGGAGGCCCAGAUAGUUAAUAAUAGAUCAUCUGGAAGAUGGACCCACCGAUACUAUUCAGCCAACAAAAAUGUUACCUGUAGAAAUUGUGACAAAUGUGGCCAUUUAUCGAAAAACUGCCCCUUUCCACAAAAAGUCCGCCCCUGCUGUCUCUGUUCUGAGAGAGGACACCUCCAAUAUGCCUGCCCGGCCCGCUUUUGCUUAGGCUGUUCUUUGCCUAUGUCUUCCACUCACAGAUGUCUUGAAAGGCCUUCCUGGAGAAAACGAUGUGACCGAUGUGAUAUGAUAGGCCACUAUGCUGAUGCUUGCCCAGAAAUCUGGAGGCAGUAUCACCUAACAACCAAACCUGGACCACCCAAAAAGCCGAAGACCCCUUCUGGACAAUCAGCCUUAGUGUAUUGCUACAACUGUGGGCAAGAAGGCCAUUAUGGACACGAAUGUACAGAAAGACGAAUGUUUAACCAGACCUUUCCAACAUCUCCGUUCAUCUACUACUAUGAUGACAAAUACGAAAUUCGGGAGAGAGAACAGAGAAUAAAACGAAAAGUGAAAGAACUCCAGAAAAAUGGUGAUUUUCCAAGGCAGUUCAAGAGACCUCACAUGGAAGCAGCAGAUAAGAGGCCCCACCAUAACAGGAGGAAGAGCCAUGCCUCCUGUAGAAACAACAGGUGGCCUCAAGAAAAGAAGGAAACCCAAAAAGAAGCAAGCAGGAGCAAUAAAGAGCGUGAGAAACACAGGAAAGCUGACAGGUGUCAUGAAGUGGAUGACGACUUCCCCAGGGGCCCAAAACUCCACUCUUCUCCUGGCCCUUUCAAAACCCAAAAGGCUCCCAAGUCCUUCCACCACUCAUCACAUUCCCACAAGCCAAGAGAAGAUAAGCUGCCCAGAGAGGGCAAGCGGAGCAAGCAUAAGAAAAAGGAGAGCUACUUGGAGGCCGAUGGCAAUGAUAAUUUAUUUCUUAUUAAGCAGAGGAAAAAAAAGUCUAAGCUGUGAGACAGCUUCUGAUUCAGCUUUCUGGUGUUUGUCUAGUCUUCAUGCCUAGAACAUCCCGGCAAGAUCUUUAUUAUCUUUGAUUAAAUAAAGUGAAUUUUUUGGUUUUGUCUGUCAUCUCAGCCAUACCUGGAGCUGCUGAACAAAGACCAUGGAGAUCUCCAGUCUCUGUGUCCAACAGGUUAUUAGAUGUAGGGGGAAAAAAAACAGAUAUACUCAGACUUCCCCUCUUCCCAUACGUCAUUUUUACUCAGAAUCCUAGGGAUAAGAAGAAGCAAUCUUUUCAAGAAAAAAUUUUUUUAGAUACUCUGAAAAAAUAAAAGCUCAUCGAAUAUAAUUCAUCUGCAGUGGGAGUAUGAAAAUUAAAUCCUUGCAGGAAGAGAAAUUAAUGCUAAUAUGAAAAAUUCAUCAAUCUUUUUCAGCAUUGCUUUUUUCUUUUUUAACAUCGGGAAGGGUAAUAGCUAUAAAUCUCAAUCCAGCUGUUCUUGCUGUUGAGGCUGGUGUCAGAAUCUUCCAACGGUCAGAACGUGAGGCUGAAAGAUGAAGGUGUCAUCAUUGAAGCCCAAGGAGGCAGAGAAUUGGUCUAUAGCAAAAGAGAAGUAAGGAACCCACCCAGUGCAGAUGGCAUGAGAUAGAUUUCCUGGGACAAGUGAAAAAGAGUCAUAAAAAAUUGUAACAUCAUCACAAUGCAAUAGUUCUCACCAUUUUUACAGCCACACUUCAAGGAGACUGUCACUCAGAUGUAUAGAGCUGGAUACUGCCCAACUUAAAACAUUGUUUUGUUUUCACGGGUUUUUUAACUACCACAAGGCUAUACAGAAAUUUUUGUACCUGUGAGUUUUUUGUACUUAUUGAAGCCUAAUGUUAGAAAAAUAAAAUGCCUGAAAUAGA